ACUACAAAUUCGCUCCUCAUUUCACUUGAGCACACAAACCAGACCUCUGAAUAAUCUCCAAUUGAAAAGGGGAAAUCAUGGGGAAAAAGCCUUCGGCGGCGAGCGCUGGUUCCGGUGGUGAAGAGCUGCACGCGGCUGCGCGAUCGGGCGACCUCAAGGCGGUGCAGGCGAUAUGCAGCACCAAUCCUCUCGCUGUCAACUCUCGCGAUAGGCACUCCCGUACGCCACUACACCUAGCGGCAUGGGCUGGGCAUUCUGAAGUUGUAAACUAUCUCUGUAAGAACAAGGCCGAUGUGGGUGCUGCUGCCAUGGAUGACAUGGGUGCAAUUCACUUUGCCGCACAGAAGGGUCAUCUCGACGUUGUCAAGAUUCUGCUGGCAUCGGGAGUAUCCGUCAAGUCUUGUAACCGGAAGGGCAUGACCGCUCUUCACUAUGCUACUCAGGGCUCCAACGUAGAAUUCGUUAAUUACUUGCUCAAGAAAGGUGCAAACAAGAAUAAUAAGAACAAGGCUGGAAAAACUGCUGUUGAUCUUGCAAGCAGUGAAGAAAUCCGCAAAUUGUUACUUGAAUAUGAGCCUUCUUCUCAAAGAGUGGUCAGCAGUGGUAAUGAAAAAGAUGAAAAAAAAACUGCUUCUGUUGAAGAAGCAGUGGAGAGGUCUGAUGGAGGGACUGCUGCUGUGCAAGGAGAUGAAGGUAAUGAAGAAGAGAAACAUGAGAGUCUGAAGAGGAAAAAUGGAGAUAGUAACGAGGAAAACCGACAGGGAACUAAGAAGACUAAGGUAGCUCUGGGCCAUCUUCUAGCAGAGGAUGAUAUGCCGGAAGAGGAGGAAGAAGAAGAAGGAGAAGAUUAACGAACCUUUUGGUGAGGGAAAAUCUUUUCUUAUAGUUUCUCCACAUCAGGUAGUUUAUGAUCCAAUUUUAGUGCUAUAGAUAGAUAGUUGUGUGAGGAACUUAGAAAUUAUGCUUCUAAUUGUUGUUGCUGUUGAAGAUCAAUGGUUUAAUACUCUCCCCUUUCUAAGCACUUAAUUUGGAAAUGAUGGAAAUCUUAUAAUUUCACAAUUUUUCCAUUUU